AUGGAAUUGGCUAUUACAAAUGAGAACACAAGUGCAGGUUCGUAUGGGACAAUACAGUUACUUGAUAUGCCAGCCUCUCCCGUCAUAGAGGAAUAUCAAAGUGAAAUAAUAACUGAAGAAAACUGUAAUUGGCACUUCAAGGCAACAUCAAUUAAUGAUUCUGCAAUGUUCAAGAUCAGGAGUUUCAACCGACAACACACAUGCACCUUAAUGGACGAUACAUUCAUACAUCGCAAACGUAUUGCAGUUGUAGUUGGUAGCAUAGUCAUGCCAAAGUAUUGUGAUCCUAAAACAGUUUACACACCAAAAGAUAUACAAACUAACAUGUUGUCCCAACAUGGAGUGAACCUAAGCUACAUGCAAGCAUGGAGGGCAAAGGAAAAGGCUUUACAGUUAUUGAGAGGUCAUCCGGCUGACUCCUACAACAAAUUACCAAAAUGUUUUUAUAUUCUUGAGAAGACGUAUCUUGGUUCAGUUGUUAAAUUGAAGAAGACAACAGAUGAAUGCGUCUUAUAUGCAUUUGUUGCUCUUUUUACAUCAAUAAGUGGUUGGGAAUAUUGUAGACCAGUAGUAGUGGUUGAUGGGACAUUCUUGAAAACAGCCUACAGGGGGAUUAUGCUGACAGCAAGCACAAUGGAUGCAGCAGGUACAAUAUUGCCUUUGGCAUAUGCUGUGGUUGAUUCAGAAAACGACGCAUCGUGGAAGUGUUUUUUUGAGCAAUUAAAGCAAGCAUAUGGUGAAAGAACUUCAAUAUGUGUUGUUUCAGAUAGGAAUGAGAGUAUCCUGAAGGCAACAUCAAUUGUCUAUCCGGGCUUGCCACACUACUCUUGCGUGUGGCAUAUUUGGACAAAUAUAAGGGCAAAGUUCAAGAAGGGUCAUCUACAAUUAAAUGAAUUGUACUUUGCUACAGCAGGGUCAUACACUCUGGAUGAAUUUAAUGAAAGAAUUUCGAAGAUUGAAGAAAUAGACCCGUGUGUUAAAUCAUACCUCUAUGAUAUUGGCUAUCAUAGAUGGUCAAGAGUACAUGCAACGGUGAAUAGAACUUGGACUAUGACAUCAAACAUUGCCAAGUCGUUGAAUGCUGUAACAAAAGAGGCAAGAGAGCUGCUAACAUUUGACCUAUUAGAGUAUAUGAGGAAACUUCUUGAACGUUGGACAAAAGAGAAGUUAUUGAAGGCAAAGGAUCAUAUGCAUACUGUGAUAGAUGGUGUGAAGCGGUACAUUGUGUGUCUUGAAAGCAAGAAAUGUAGUUGUGGCCAGUUCCAACUUGAUGAACUUCCAUGUCCGCAUACUUUGGUAGGUCUAAGGCACAAGAAUGAAACUUAUGAAAACUUUUGCUCUCCGUAUUACACAAGGGAGAGCCUGCUGCGUACAUAUGAAAUACCAGUAAAUCCCCUUCCUGAGGAAAGCAAAUGGAAUGUGUCACAACAUAUAUCUGAUGAAGUAGUAAAUCCACCUAUAUGA